AUGACAGCAGUUGUGUACAAGCCAUCCAAGUUGGCCUCUAUACUAAAGGCUACUCAGCAGAAAACUAGGAAAGAAGACAGCAUACGCAAAAAGGUCCUAAAUAUCCUCUUGUAUAAAGCUGUGACAGACUUGAUGUGCACCUGUGAAGUCAGUCAAGAGGUUUGUGACCUCAAGCUGGAACUCACCAAGGUAUCCCUGUCACCAGACUUUUCAGCAUGUCGUGUGUACUGGAACCCUGCUGAAAGUGCAGAGGAGGAUGAUCGUAUUGAAAGUAUUUUACAGAAAAGUGCCCCACGUAUAAGACAUCUUUUGAUUACCAAUCAGGUCCUGAGAACUGUUCCUCCAAUCGUGUUUGUUAAAGACAAAGAAGCUGCAGCUAUAAAAGAGAUUGAUAGGUUAUUGGCAAUUGCUGAUUUUGGACCUCAGGAAGAAAAAGACACUUUGGCUGAAAACGACUUUAGUGAAUCAAAGUCUUCUGCAUCAUCUUCUGACAUGGCAGCUUCGUCCAUCCCAGCUAAUCUUUUUGGGAUCGAUCAUGAAGUGCUCAAUAAGCAAAUAAUGGAGUACAAAAAAAUGAAAAAGGUGAAGGACACAGAAGGCAUUGGGUGGGCAGAACAGCAGCAGAUGCAGCUGGCUGAGAUACAAAAGCAAAAGAAAAUGAAAAAGAAGAAAAUAAGGGAUCCCUUUGAGAAUGAUAUCACACCACAGAAAUAUCUGCUGGACAAAUAUAGUGAAGAUUCUUUGGAUGGUGACAUUGCACCUUCUCAAGAUAGUGACCUGGAGUAUGAAUUACAGGAAGUGGUAGAUGAACUAGAGGUAGAUGAUGACAGAAAUCCAUCUACUACCAAACUUAAGUGAAAUUAAAAAGCUUUUAAAAAAAAGAAAAAACUGUUGGUAAUGAAUUAUAUUAGAGUAACCACUGAAUUACAACUUCUGUGCUGCUUAUUCACCACCUCCUUUCCAUCUUCUCCAAAAUAUGUGGAAAUGGAUCAAGUACUACAAGUUUUCAUGGGAAAAUAAUUUUUAAAAUCCUGCUUAUAAUAAAUCUGAGAAGAUGAGCUCUUCUGAACUAAAAUAAUUAAGAAAUAUUAUGGUUGUCAAAAGUAAAAUACCCUUAUCAGCUUUAGACUGAGAUGAAACUUCUUGUAAAUACAUUAUGUACCACCCAAAAAGCUUAUUACCUAUGCCUUUAUAUAAGUGCAAGGAACUAUCAAAAAUGAAAAUAUUUCAAAAAACUUGAUUACAGUAGAAACAUGCUAAACUACAUUUCAGCAUCCUGCAAACUUUGUAUAUGCACAAAAAUGUGCUUUCCUUACUUCUCAAAGAUUUAAUAGAGUGCUUUGUGCUGUGAUCUCAUAUUACUAAAGCUUAUUUUUACAAACUAUGUAUAAGUAUUGAAGUAUUACAUCUAAAAUAGACAAAUUACCAUAAUAGUAUGACUUCCAUGCAGUCAGGCAAGAUUCAGGCUCCAAGAGAGACAUUUUUUUGCU